AUGCCAUACCCAUCUAGAAAACCAGAGCCUUACCUUCAAACCACUUGUAAAACUUGUUCUCAGCCACUUGAGUUCUUGCCAGAGACAGGUGUCAAGAACACCAAGGUAGAAGUAGAGUGCUGGUCUUGCCAAGCGAUUGUCCAUGUCGACAUUGACGCUACUGGCAAAGUGAAACAACCCAAGGCAGCUUCCAAGUGGUCUCGAAAGCGAGGAACAGACGAAAAUCCAGUGUCAACCGAUUAUUAUGAUUGUUUAGGAGUAGUAUCUUCUGCAACACAAGCAGAUAUAAAAAGAGCAUAUAGAAAACUAGCCAUUAAAUACCAUCCUGACAAGAACCCCAAUGACCCAACAGCAGAGGAAAACUUUAAGAAAAUUUCUGAAGCAUAUCAAAUCUUGUCUGACCCUGCAUUAAGAAAGCGAUACAAUGAAUUUGGGGAAGCAAAUGGAGUCCGACCCGAUGGAGGAUUCAUGGACCCUGAGGCAUUUUUUAAACAGGCAUUUGGUGGUGAUCGAUUUGUAGAUAUUAUAGGAGAAAUUUCAAUAGGAAAAGACAUGCGGGAUGCACUUGAAUCUCAUGAAGCAGAAGAGAAUGCAGAAGAUACAAAGCCUCUUUCAGCCGAAGAAAAACUAGAGCGAGAAGAGAAGAAGAAAAAGAUUCGUGCAGAAGCAAGAGAGAAACGAACACAAGUACUUGUGACUAAAUUGAUCAACAAAUUAAGUCUAUACACAGAACUGAAUGAUGUGUCUGACGAAGCUCGGUCUGCUGCUUUCUCCAACAUUAUUCAAAUCGAAGCAGAAGAUUUGAAGAAAGAAAGCCAUGGUGUAGAACUCUUGAAUGCCAUUGGCUAUACUUAUUUAACAAAAGCAACACAGUAUAUUAAUAGAGGCGUUGCAUUUGGGUUAGGUGGCAUGUUUCAUUCAAUGAAGGAAAAGGGAUAUAUAUUCAGUGAGACAGUGGGGACACUUCGAUCAGCAUUAGAUCUUCAAUCAAGUUAUACAGAAUUACAAAAGGCAGAGGAAAAAGGGGACCUGACAGAAGAGCAGCGCAUUAAGCUCGAGACGGAAGCAGCAACGAAAGGUCUGAAAGCGAUUUGGAGAGGAUCCAAACUAGAAGUAGAGAGUGUAUUACGAGAAGUAUGUGAUCGAGUCUUGAGUGAUCCAACUGUGUCGAGAGAGACACUUCGACAAAGAGCCUAUGGGUUAAAAAUCAUUGGCACGAUUUACCAAAAAGUAAAGCUAGACAUUACUCCAGAUGAUAUUCCUAUACCUUCUAUUUCGACUAGCCAUGACACUUCAUCUAGCCCAUAA